UAGGUUUUACUAAGACAAGCUUCGACAAGCAUGCGCGUAGGUGGCGCUAGUGAACUUGUCCAAAAAAUCGCGAUGGCCUACCUAGACAGUAGACCAACCUUGACUACAUUCCCCUACUUAAAAAAUCAUUGUGCAUCAAUUGACCCACGCUUCAAGCCUUCUAUGACAAUCAUAAAAUAUUGGGCAAAACUUAACGAAUUGUCUACACAAUUUUCUGUUAUUGAAGAAUCAACAGAUUUAUACAUAUCAAACUAUGCCUUGGAAAUGUUAUUCUUAUUUUAUCUACAACAGCCUAAUGUAUAUUUGAUACCUCCCAUAACGACAUUAAAGAUGAAUUGUCGUCACCCUGAAUUUGUUAAUGGUUGGCAAAUAAACAUUGACGAAACCAUUCAACAUCCUUCAGCCGACAAUAAAAUUUUGAUUCCUGAAUUGCUUUGGGGAUUUUUUAAAUUUUAUGCUGAAUUUGAUUUUGAACAAUUCGUUAUUUGCCCACUUGAUGGUUGUGCACACUCGAGGGAAGCAUUCCAAAAUAUAAACGAACUGCCAGAAAGCAUGAACAGUUAUAAGGAGUACAUUCAAAACACUAGAAUCGCCUUUCUCUUUGAUGCUACGAAACCAUUAUGCAUUCAGGAUCCCAUUGUUCUCAAUGAAAAUUGUUGCAAGAGAGUUUCCAGUAAUUUCGUUACAUCUUUUAAAGAGCACGCUGAUAGAGCAGCAUCUAUUUGCGAAAUUGCUUGUAUUAAUGAAGAUCAUUCAAAUUUGCUACAAAACUUAUUCGAGACGUCAUACAAAAACAACGAUCUUGAUUAGAUGAGUUUCAGCAUAUCAAAUUUGUCACUUACAACAAUAUAAUAUGUAUGGGCCAUUCCACGGAUCACUCGCAGACCCGAAAUUCAGCGCAAAAGAAUUAAAUGUUCAAGGGAUCAAAAUGCUUGUGCAACCCCUUUGUUUUUGAGGUCGCCAAAUUUGAAAUUGGAGUCAGAUUUUAAAAAUACAAUAUAACGGUUUCAAUAUGGUGGAGAAAUUUUCAAAAAGAUGUCAUAUUUUAACUCUUUGUGGCAUACAUUACAACACUAAUUUAAAAAACUAAAAUGCUUAAAGGGGUAUUUGGGGUCGCUGAUUACGAAUCUGAUAUCUUUUUUCCAAAACUAAAAAUCGAAAUCGCUUAAAAGAGUGUCGAUGAGUAUAAUAAACUAAAAGAGGAAAUUUUAAAAUCAUCUGCAGAUUACCUUUGUUUAGAGUUUGAUUUUAGCCAAUACCGACCAUUGCCUGCUGUCUCUUCUCAAUGUUAUUUGAGAUUAAUUUGGUUGCAUAUGGAGCGUUUAUAAACUACGUAGACCUAUUUUUGUCACUUUUUGACCCCCUCCCCCUGCGUAUACUAACGUAGAAUAUUGCUGACCCUCCCCCGUGUGUAACAUAGUUUUUUCCAAUCUGCAUUUUUACUGCAUAUUUAACUAUAUCCCGCAUUACAAGUAAGUCAAUUAGUAACAGUCAAAUAUUCUGAAUAAAAUAUUUUAUUCUUUUCUAAGCAGCCAUUUUUAAAACGCGAUCACUGUCUGCAAUUGUACAACACCGUUAAAAAUUGUAAAUUUUUCAGAAAUUUUCGGUAAACAGUGAAACUAAAAAAUCACGCAAAUCUUUUAUUAUGGCGCACUCACACCUUUGGUUGCUGCCUGCCUAUCUACAAGUGGUCAUGAACCUGAUGAGAGAGUCACACAAUUCAAAUUAUAUGUUUUCUCUCCCUUACUCUAGUUGCUCCACCAAAGCUGUGAGUGCGCCUUUACAGUCAAUUAGUAUUAGUGCGAAAUUUCAAAAGACGCAAAAUUAAUUUUAGUUUCUAUGUAUUAACUGCUUAGUUAGAGUCAACCUCCCCCCACGUAGACUAAUGUAGACUUUCGAAGAACCCUCCCCCUUAGCAUGCUACGUAGUUUAUGAACGCUCCCAUAGAAGUGACAGAAGUUACAAAUGUUUCCUUUUAUGGAAGGAUAUGUAAAAAAAAGGUCGGAAAUACUGUCUGCAACUUGGUUCUUCAUACAAUUUUAGAAGAAUAGAAGUUGAAUUGAUACAAUAAAAUUGUUCUUUUUUUCUACACAUGUGGAGGUCAAAAUGAAAACUACACAGUAAUGCUCUUUCUGUCGCUGCUGGCUCAAAAAUUACAAAUCGAAAUUCAGCACAUUUACCUUGUACGUGGGCAUUCAUACAGUCAGUGCGAUAUAAAUUUUGGCCUUUACAGAAAAAAAAUGAUGGAAACGAACGAGACUGUUAAGGAAUACCUUAAAACUAUUAAAGAAGCGAGAAACCGAAAUGAAAAACCUACUUCCUUAUUUAUCUAGAGAAGGAAAGCAAUUUGUUAAUGAUUAUUUAAAAGAAAUUCACAUCAUUACGAAUCGUCAUUGUUCCGAAAUGUCAUUUUUUCGAAUUGUCAUUUUUACAAAAUGUCACUUUUGUGAAUGGACAUUUUUACGAAAUGUCAUUUUUUCGAAAUAUCAUUUUUACGAAUUGUCAUUUUUGCGAAAAUUGCUAUAGUAAAUCUAUAUAUGCAUACAAGUUUACUAUAGCCUAUAGCAAUUUUCGCAAAAAUGUCGAUUCACAAAAAUGUGACAAUUCUAAAAAACGACAUUUCGAAACAAGAACGAUUCGUAAAAAUAUUUCGCAAAAGUGGCAAUUCGUAAAAAUGUCGAUUCGCAAAAGUGAUAUUUCGUUGUAAAGAUUACUUGAUUGUUAUCAACUAAAUGUUUAUUUGAAUCACAAAUAAUCUGUAUUUAAAUAAAAAAUUUCAUGUAAACCAAUAAUUUCCGUACUGAAAGCAAAUGAUAUUUGAUUGCCUUAAAUAAAAAUAAUUUCAUGAAAAUAAAUAAUUAUUUGAUAAAAGAUAAGUAAUCGUUUAUUUAUAUCAAAAAAUGUUUUCUCAUUGUAUUUUUAGACCAAUUUUUUGAAGGAAUAUAGUAAUUUACUAAUACUCUUUAUAAUUAAACAUAUCUAUGAGAGAAUAUUUAUUAUGUUUAUGCAAAGUCGUCGCAUUUUAUAUAUAUAAUAAUUAUUUUCCUUGCAUCUUCGUUGAGCAGAAAGCAUCUAAUAUAGUUUUAACGUUGUUAAUAAAAUAUGUUACAUUUUAUUAGAAAACACCUGGGAAUAUUCAUUACAAAAAACAAUAAUAAUCUUAUAUUUGUAAGGAAAAAUUUUUUCUAAACUAAAAGAGUUAGGCAGCAUACAAAAUUAUGUUUCGCAAAAAAAACAUAUACAUAUUUUUUUGUCGUGUAUUGUCUGAAGUAGUACAAAAACUGAAAUUUUAAUUUAUGUAAAUUGUUACAUUUUAAAAAUAAUAUUAUUACUUUUAAAAACAUUUUUUUUAGACAAGUAACACCACCGCAAUUAAUAUUAAUUGUAAAAGCGAAAAAUGUUCACUCAUUUCCUCUAGAAUUGCAAUUCCGAUAGUUACUAGAUUAUAGUUAAAAUUAAAAAUUUAAUUAAUCUAUAGUUUGAUAAAUAUGGAAAAUAAUUUUUAUUCACCGGAAACUAUCUAAUAAAUCUUCAUUAUUUAAAGAAUAAAAAAAUUAUUUUAUUAUAUCUAGAUACGAAUCCGAAUUUCUAAGACUAUUUUUGUCCAAAAAAUUUUGAUCUAGUUUUUAUAAAUUAUAAUUGUCUAGUUUAGAAGUUUAUCUCUGAAGUGCAUAUUAUAAAUUAAAUUUAAAAUGAAUGAAAAUUGAUAAUUAAUAAAAUGACGAAAAAUUGUUUUGUUCUUGUGCAGUGAGUAGUGAGUUACAUGACUUCUAUCAAUGAAACAUUCUACAAAUUAUAAAUUCAAAUUCAUUCAUU